AUGAAAUUGAAGAAUUCAGGUGCGUCGCGAGGUGUAGGUCACAACCCUUGACCUUUAUACGUCUGGCACGGAGUUCCAAGUUGAUGUUGACAUUUACCGGCCAAGAAAUAAUUUACAUUCUUCAGUUCUGUGGAUGCAUGUAAAUGUCCUCCCAGGACGAAGGGAAUUCUUCCUUGACGUCACCAGGUGCAGGGGCAGUUAAUCCUGCCCGAUUCUUUACAAUGGAAGGUGGCGGACUAGGAGAGAAUAUUAUACAUGUGAUAAAUCCUGCAUCAUUAGGAUCGCUAUCUGGAGCUACAACUGUUGCUAAUUCUGCUCUUCAAGCAGGGAACAUGCAGACCAUAACAAUACAGCCAGGAACUUUUCCUAUACCAAUCAGUUUAGCUCAACAAAUGAUUGGUUCACAAACAACAGUUACAAAUGGUGGACAGCAACAAAUAAUUAUGUCCUCUGCUGACUUAGCAGCUAAAUUAAAGGAUGGAUUACCUACACAAGUUCUACAGGUACCAACUGGUGGCUUCUCAGCAGCAAAUGUUGACUGGGCUGCUAAACUCAAGGAAUUGCAACAUGCCCAAAGAAUUGACAGACUGAGGGAUGAGCAGGUUCAGAUUAGACAGAGAACACAGUUAAAGAUAGAGACUAAGUUUGAUCCAUGUGUAGUAUGUGGAGACAAGGCUUCAGGGCGACAUUAUGGUGUGAUAAGCUGUGAAGGAUGUAAAGGUUUCUUUAAGAGAAGUAUACGUAAACAACUUGGAUAUGCCUGUCGUGGUGGAAAGGAUUGUCCGAUCAACAAGCCCCACAGAAACAGAUGUCAGUACUGUCGACUACAGAAAUGUUUAGCUGUAGGAAUGAGAGCUGAAUCUGUCCAGCAAGAAAGAAAACCUCCACCUGAAAAAGAUAUCAGGCCACCAAUGGCUGUUUCCACCUCUACACAGAAGAUUUAUAUUCGUAAAGAUUUUACCAGUAAUUCAGCCUCUGUUCCUGUUUUCAGUCCUAAGUUUGAGUACAAAGGAGAACAGCAACAGAAUAACAGUGCCUCAUCAAAUUUACUGGCCAACCUACAAGAAAGGAUCGUGGAAACAGAACACGGGACAGUCUUGCUGGGGUCAAGUCAAGCUGUCCCAACUACCGCCAAUACAGAUCUGAGCACCCUUGCUAAUGUUGUUACAACUUUAGCAACGAUGGGUAAAAAUAAUGAAGAAAAUCAAGAUCAGAAUCUCUCUCAACAACAGCCGCAGAUACAGAUCCCUAUCAGCUCGUCUGCUGGCCCAGCACAGAGCUCAGUCGCCAAAGCGUUUGACACUCUGGCUAAAGCUGUUAAUCAAACAAGUCAGGUAUUCACACAGGGUGAACCUAAAAAUAUACAGAAUUUGUUGUCUGCUAUGAACUUUUCAUUACAGAAUAUGGACCAUUCUAAUUUGGUGAAUGAUAGUUUGGACCAAUCAGUAUCCAGUUUGGACCAGUCUUCGUCAAGUUUAGACCAAUCAUCUUUGAGUAUGGAUACGUCUGCUAUGACUGCUGAUUACAACAGAGAUUAUGUAGAAAUAGAGGGUCCAAUUCUGUCAUCAUCCAAUUUCCAGUUUAAUUUGACCACACCUUCUCCAAUGCCUGCUUAUUUAAAUGUACAUUAUAUUUGUGAAAGUGCUUCUCGGUUGUUGUUUUUAUCCAUGCAUUGGACAAGAUCUAUACAGGCUUUUCAGGCUUUAAGUCAAGAUAUACAGACUGUAUUAGUCAAGUCGUGCUGGAGUGAGUUGUUCACACUUGGUUUAGCACAGUGUUCACAGACCAUGUCUCUGCCUACCAUUUUAAUGGCUAUUUUAAAUCAUCUUCAAACAGCUUUGCAUCAAGAUAAGACAUCAGCGGAGCGUAUUAAGAUUGUUAUAGACCACAUACUGAAGUUACAGAAUUAUAUCCAGUCCAUGCACCAGUUAAAUGUAGAUACAGAGGAGUAUGCUUAUCUGAAAGCAUUAGUGCUAUUUUCUCCUGAUAAUCCCUCUUUACUGAAUGCUCCACAAAUAGAGAAAAUCCAGGAUAUGAUCCAACAGGAAUUAAGACAACAUGUGGAACGGACACAUCCAUCAAAUCCCGACAGACUUCCUAAACUACUUCUGAGGCUUCCUCCUUUACAUGGGAUGACUCCGAGUAUCAUGGAGGAACUAUUCUUUGCUGGUCUGAUUGGUAAUGUGCAGAUCGACAGCAUUAUACCGUAUAUUCUUAGGAUGGAAACUGCAGAAUAUAAUUCACAAAUGGCUGGACAGGGUCUUUUAGGAUCUGCUAUGUCGAACGAUGGAAACGUGACAAUGGCUGAGCCAAUUGUGUCUUCGGUGCUAACUCGACCAGCAUCAUCGAAAUUAAACUCUCAGACUUCUACGGAACAGACAGAAUCUCGUCAAGGUUUUUAUGUGGAUACGUCGCAUGCCUUAUCUGACAAAAGUAUAGCCACUUCAUUAAAUCAGUUGGUUACAUCAGCUGGACAUAACAUUGAGGCCCCACAGUCGUUUUAUGUGGAUACUUCUUUGUCUCAAAACAAUGAGCAUACACAGAAUCAGUUCCCAUCACAACAACAAUAUGUUGAAAUUACACAAGCUUCUAAUAUGGAUACUGCUCGAUCUGAACUGGCGCAGAGUGUGGAAGCUGCCAUUGGCUCCCAUGCUGCUGUGUUGCUAGGGGUACCUGUUGCCUUGGCUGCUGAAACCAUGGCAACGCUUCAACCAGUGCCACAUUCAUCCAUUUCUGUUUCAUCAAAUGGGUCUUCACAGAAUUAAAUUGUUAAAGAUAUGAGAUUUAUAUAUUGUUUUCAUUUUUAUGUCUAUUUUUUGUUAUUUUAUGUUUCCUUUGUCAAAUCCAAGCAUUUUUUAUAGUGAUAAGUGUCACAUUUUAAGAUAAAAUCAUCUGAAGCCACUCUUUUAUCAUAAGAGUGUUAUAUUUUCUAUAUAUAGUGUCAAAUGUUUUAAUGACUAUUAACAUGAUAAGACGAUUAUGAAGAGAGGAGGAGAUAUGGUUUGGAUGAAUCCAUUUCUGAUGUUUAGAUUUGUUAGACGGUUAAAAGGACGGUCUACAUCGAAAAGAAAAGAAAAGAAAUAUUGACAUUCAAACUUAAAAAGCUUCUUUAAUUAGACUGAGGUUAAUUUAUUUAGUUUUUAUAACUAAGUGAAGUAAAAGAUGUUUCAAGCUCGAGAGCUAAUGUUAUUUGAUAGAUUUAUUAUACGUUUUAAUUUUCAAAUUUAAUAGCAAAAAAGUUUUCAUACUUCUUCUUGUUGGGUAAAAGUUUAAAGGACAAAUGGUUUUCAUGUUUUACAUGGUUUUAAUGGAGACAAACAUCAAAUCACUUAUAUUAAAAAUAUCAUAUUGGACCAUGUUUACCAAUCAUGAUUUGCAUACAAUUCAUUUUUUAUGCCCCGGCUGUAGCAGAGGGGACAUUAAGUUUUACCCUUGUCUGUCUGUACAUAUGUACGUUCCUUACGUCCACAAUUGGUUUUUGUUCUCUAACUUCAGUUUGUCUAAAUCAAUGUUAUGAACCUUAUUUACAAUGCUUAUUACCACAAAACACAGAUCAAGUUUGAAUUUCGGUGGUGUCAUUUUUACUGUUCUUAAGUUGUGCCCCUUUACAAAUGGAAAAAUUGCUGAAUUUUUAUGUUUAUUUUCUAUUUCUUGAGGUUGCCCUAAAAAAAUGUUAUUUAACUUUUACACAAUGUUCCUUACCACAAAAAACACAGAUCUAGUUUGAAUUAUGGUAUAGUAACUUUUACUGUUUUAGAGUUAUGCCCCUUUACAAAUGGAAAAAUUGCUGAAUUUUUCAUUUGUUCUCUUAUUUUAUUUUGCCUCAACUAAAUGCUUUGAAACUUUUAUUGAAUGGAAUUUGAAAAUAAAUAAAAAUCCUUAUUGUAUGGUAGUGCCUUUCAAUCUCCCUUCUAUUUUUGUAUUCUAAGACUAAGAAUGCCAGUAAAAAAAAAAUUUGUUGUUCUAUAAAUGUCUAUAGUAAGAUAAACAUUUCAUUGAUAUUAUCCUUUACAAUCUUUUUUGGCUUCAGGAAUCAUUUAUUUUAUGAAAUACGGUUUCGUAAAUGUUUGUGUAAUAGUGUCCUUUUUAAUUUGCGAGGAAUACACUUUGAUUAAAGAUACCAUUGAAACCUCAUUAUUUGUUUUAAGAACAAGAUGACCUGAUUGUUUGCUCUUGACCAUAUGAUAAUGUGGCAUAAAAUUGAAAGGAAGGAACAUUUUGCUUCAGAAUAUUAAGAAUAACAUUUUCAUAACUUUUUUAUUUAAGGUGGUACCCAACACUUUCACUAAAAUCAAUUUGGCUCGUUUAAUUUUCAUAAAAUUUUGACAAAGUAUUUACUUUGACCCUUUGACAAAAAUAUAAAAAAAAAUAAAAAAUUUGAACCAACCGUUUUAUCAGAAAAAAUACACUGGUUAUAUAGCAGUUUGACAAACACUAAUUUUGAUCAUUGAGAAGCUUAAUAUUCCCUUAACAACACAAUGUUAUUAAAACGUUUAGCUGAUUUUACAGAGUUAUCUCCCUGUAGUGUUAGGUACCACCUUAAGUAGAUAAAUAUAAAUUAUUUAAUAAAUAGAUUAGUUUAAGGCUGAAAGUUUAGAAUUUAAUACUAUUACGAAAUAAUGUAGAAAUUUAUGAAGUUUUACAAGCAUAACAGAAAAAAUAGAAAAUUUUGAUUGAUCUUAUCACAAAAAGAGGUAUCAAAAAGUACAUCUACACACUCACACAGAUAAAGAUUUUUCAAUGGUGUUCUCAAAAUCAGUGUAAACUGUUCAUAGAGUUAAAAAUUGUGAUGAAAGGAAAUCAAAAUACUUUUUUUUAUGCUGCAAUAAACUAUUUUUUACUUCAUAAUGAAAGAUCAUUGUUUUUGUAUAAAAUGAAUCAUUACUCAUUAAAUGAGGAGAAUAUUAUAAUAUGGUAUUUUUUAGCUUUUGUAAGUUUUCUGUGUAACAGAAUAUUUUGCUUGCUGUAUAAUGCAAUUUGCUUAUUGUACCAACAGCUUAUUUCAUUAUAUGAUUACAUGUUUUCAUAUUGUGUUCCCUGAAUGUACCAUUGUUGGUUUCAUUGUGAGAAACAGUGUGGGUGAAUUUAAGGGGGUCAAAUUUUCUUUAGUUUUGCUGAAGGAUCUUGGCUGAUACUGAAAUAUUUUUCAUUUUGUACUCCUCCAUUGUCAAACAACUAGGGAUGUUAUUUACAGUUAUCAUAACAUUUCCAUAACUUGAAUAUUUAGGUGAGAAAAUAAACAACCAUAUCAAAUUUUUUUUUAAAUAAAGAUCAUGAAUAUGAGCCUGUAUACUUGAAUUUGUAAUGAAACACAAUUUUGCUAGGAAAAUAAGAAUUUUCAAUGAUAGAACGUAACAAAAGUAUUGAUAGAAUAACAAGAAUGUGUAUGCUAGAUAUUUCUAUGUCAAAAAAUAAAAAUAAACAAAGGGAUUCAUGGGCAUUUUUAUGUGAUUAUGAAUUGCUACUGAAAGUUCUCAAGGAGUUUGUGAAAUAACUGAAAUACCAUAAUUUUUGUUAGGUUGAAAAUCUGAAUAACAAACAUCAUCUGACAAAAGCUGAACUGAAAAUCAGGUGGUUUUUUCAUUACUAUUUAAACCAGCUGAAUUCUGUAUCUUUCACCAAUGGUGAUAUUACAAACACAAAAAUUUAUUUUUGACCAACACAUUUUUGAACUAAUAACCAUAAUAAAUGAACAUCUUCAUGUGGGAAAGAAUAUCUUACAUAUUAUGAUAUACAUUGUGACAAAAACUGAUUUAUUUAUAAUGUUAAACUUUAUUUAAACCAUUACACUUUGUUCACAGACAAACAAAAAUAUAUAAGGGAAAGAUAAAAAGAAAGGCAAAACUGUCUUAAAAGCUUUAUUUGUAAUUCCAUUAUUAAAAAAAUAAUUAAACAAAAAUAGAUGCCUCUCUAAGGUGAGCAAAAGUAAACUCACAAUGUUUUAUUGAAUAUUUUCUUUUGAGAAUAUUUUUGAAUUUCAGUUUGUUGUAUUGUAUAUUUAAAUGUUUUUACCACCAUAUCAGUACAUGGUGUUAUUAAGUUUGUUGUUUUAUGUUCAAUGUAAAUUCCAAAACAUAAAGGGAUGGGGGUCAAUUGUUUUCCUCUGUUUAAAGAUCUUAGACUUUCUUCUAAUAACUUACAAAUCCAAAUAUUGAAACAUCAUAACAUGUAUUUAACAAUUAUAUAAUGGUUUAUUUAAUAUUUUCCAUUGAUACUUAAUAUUUUUUCAAAUAUUUGUCAAUUCAGCAAAUUAAUUUACACAAUAUUUAAACUGUUUUGGAUCUCAAACUUAAGUUAAACUCUGUUUAAAUGAAAAGAAGUCCUUUAGGAUUGCCACUGAUCUGAAAAAUGAAUUUGAAGGUUUUCAGAUAAUUAGGAUGAAUCUUUUGAUAAUUAAAGAAACCAAAUCAUGUAAACAUAGUUCUCUCUUUAAGUUGAAAAUUAAUGAAAAAACUUUACAGUUUGCUUAAUUAAGUAGUCCUACAUUUAGGUGGUAUUGUCUCAUCUUUGUGAUUUUGUAAAAUCAUGGGUAUUAAAAAUAGUUAUAUAAGCUGCUCAUGUUUUAAAGUGAACUAUGACUGGAAUGAGGACAGUGAUUUUUGUGAAUGGAAGAUGGACUUGAAUCAGAUUUUUUAUAAGAAAACGGUGAAUUAAAAAAAAAUCCCUACUGUCAAUUUAAUUCUGGAGAAGGGAUUUUUCUCCCAGACUCUUUUGAAAAUAUAUAAGAAACUACUGUUUUAAUUUAAUUAAGAUAUAAAGUAAGGGACCAACUAUUGAAGUUGGAAAUUAUAUUUAUUUCAAAUUUUUCUGUUGAAGACAAAAUACAGCAGGCAUGAAAAUAGCAAACAAUUGAAUUUUGAUAAUGUAUUAAUCUCAAAAGUGUACUCGAAACCCUUAUUAUUCAUCACUAUAAAAUAUUCAUUAACUACUAAAUUAGGAAAACUGAAUGGUUAAGUAAAUACUGGUAAAUGUCAGAAUAAGAUGAGUGAAUAUAUGAUUGUUGUCUUUGUUAAAGAGAGACAAGUAAAAGGUGAAUGAAAUGUGCUAUUUCUCACUGUUAAUGCAUUUUCUGGCAAUUCUUGCCAUUGUUCUGUUUGUUGUUAAUUUUCAGAGUAUAUUAUUGUCUAAGCUGCAGAAAUAAAAAGAGAACAUUUUGACAUUGA